GCAAUAGGAGACCAGUCCAGGCUGUUUGGAAUUGGACUCUUCAGUCUGUUCUCACGGUCUGUUAAGUGUGCAACUGGCAGGGCAGAAAACUUCCUGAGAACAUUUAGGGAGGACAUGAAAUUCACACGCAAAAAGGGGUGAAGGGAAACUGGCAGACACGCCAAGUGAAAUUAUUAGGAGAACAUGGGCUUGUGUUACAGUCUGCAUUGUCUUGACACAGUUGAUUUUAUGGACUUGUAUUUUUGAACUGAAAUCUGAACAGAGGAGGUGUCAUUAUGAAUCAACAAGCUGCCGCUCCUAAGACAAAAGGUGAUAAUUAUCUGAGCAUAAAGGAUUCUAAAUCGCUUGAUAACUAUAUCCAGAAUACACUUUCCUCUCUGUAUCCACCUUUUGAGGCCACAGCUGCUACUGUUCUGUGGCAGCUUUUCAGCAUUGUUGAAAAAUUCUAUCAUGGAGAUGGUCUCAGAUGUCUAAUUGAUUUCCUGGUUCCUGCCAAGAGAAUCUUACAGUGUAUCCAACGGGAAACAUGUGGUGGUUAUGCUGGCCUUAUUUUCUGCCAUGAAGGAUGGCCAUUGUGUAUCCAUGAGAAAGUCAUAGUGCAGUUGGCAUCUCUUCGUAAAGUUCGUUUAAAACCAGGAGAUUUUUACUUCCAGAUUGUGCCAGUGGGAAACCAGUCUGCCAACUUGGUAUUAAAAUGCCUCUCGAGACAUGGACCAGGAAUAGAAGAACUUUGUGUACCUGAAACCAUGUAUGGCUAUAUUUUCACAACAGAAUUUUUGGAAAAUUUAAAUUGUCAGUGGAAUGGAAAUCCUUUGGAAAGCUGCUUGCUAACAACGGGCCCAGCUGUAUAUAGGACUCCUUGGAAAAAUAUUGUGAAUCCUACUUUUGUUCCUACUGCUGAAAGUUGUUCAAUUAAUUCUCAGCUUGGAGUGUUAAGCAGCAACCUUGAAGCUAAAAUUAUGACACAGACCAUGGAAAACAACAACUCACAUGAGAUUUAUCCUUCUAACAAUGCCUGUUCUACUGCGAUAGAGAUAUCUUUUGCAGACUGCCAUGGAACUGAAGGAAAUGAAGAUUCUGGCCUUUGCUGUGGACCUGGAAACCAGGCUGGAAAACAAAGUUUAGAACUCCCAACUGAAAAUGUAAGAGAAGAUGACAUUAAUUCAAUAGCACAUCCUGAAGAAUGCCAACAUUAUAAUUCAGUGGCAGAGCAUGUGACUGAGGAACCAAGCAAAGGAUUUGACUUAACGUCAGAUUUUUUAAAAGAAAAUGCAUCAAACCCUCCACUAGCAAGAAGCAGUGUCACAAAAAGCAUAGCUUUUGGUACAGAGUUGAGCAGCUCACUUCAAAGAGGGCGAGAUUCUUUGUAUUUUGAGACAAAGCGGUUGUUUAGAAAAUCAUAUAUAGAAGCUUUGCAAAAUCCAAUGAACCUAGGUUCCAGCUCUGAGGAAUCUAUUACAGAAGAAGAACCUUCUAAACAUGUUAGGGACAUAAAAGAGAUAGAUGAUGACUCCAGGAUUCUGCCACCCAGGAUGGCUGGAAAAAUAUGUGAAUACAGUGUUCAGCAUGAAAGCUCUUGCUCUACAAAAUUAUCAAAAUGUAUGGAGGCAAGAGAAGUUAUUGGAUUUGGUAAGCAUUCCCAUGAUUCUGGAUCACUUUCUGUAUACCAUCAAAAUUCUCCAGAUGAAGGUUUUCGACCAGGUUCAAGAAGAUCGCAGUCUUUGGAUAGAACACAUAUGAAUUCACAAAAUAAGGAUUAUAAACUUGGUGAGUUCCCAUGUGGAGAAUUCAGUGCAAAUUUGCCCAAAAUCGUAAAUGGGCAUUCUAUAAGGCUGGAGAACUUAGAUUCCAAUAUUCACAAUUUCAUCUCUGCGAGAAGCAAAAAGCAUAAAGAUCCAGUAGACUUCAAAAUUGAUUUUUCGGAUUCCAAAUCUAAUGUAAAUGUUGCCUGCCACAAGAAUGAGUUGGUCUCUUCAGAGCUUGAGGAUCCUGACAUCUUGUUACCGAGCCAGUUGUUGGAAGUUAAUCAAGAAUUAUUGCAGUCUGGAGUAAUUUCUCUAUGUGGAAACAGGGAUCGUGGUGGAAGAGCAGUAGUACACAUCUCCCUGAAAAGUGUUGUUUGGUUACAUGAGCAUUCCAGAGUCAAUGAACUCACACAACUUCUAGCGUAUCUCUACAGUAUUCCUAGAAAGGAGAUCCGUGCUUUGGGGCUGCUUAUUUUAGUGGAUGCUCGCAAGCGUCAGAAUGUCUCCUUCCUUUUCAAAGCUUUAGCAACGUUACAGAGUGCAGUCCCUAAUUCCAUCCACAGUACUCUGAUAUUGACUGAUAAGGAGUCUGCUUUUAGGCUUGAGAAAGAUGUUCAAUUUCAGUGUGAAGUUCUCACAUCACUGAAGGCAUUGCAUAGGUUCAUUGACUGCACCCAACUGACAGCAGAGUUUGAUGGAACUUUUCCUUAUAAUCAUAAUGACUGGAUAUGUUUCCGAAAGAAACUUGAACCAUUUAUUACGAACUGCAAAGAGGCUAUUGUUUUUUUACAGCAGUCUGCAUGUUCUCUCAAUAGUUCUCUGAUACCAACUACUGCACAAGAGGUGAAGGAUUUAAUGGACAAACACCAAACAAUGAUGAAACUUGUUCUGGAAGACGAACUGUUGGUGACUGUAAGACUUGAAGGUGGAACAAUGCUUGUAAGGCUUAGGAAGGAGGAGUUCUGCAAUACGGAAGAUUAUCGAAAUGCCAUGGAGGUGAUUACAAAGCUAUAUAAUCAAGUAGAUGAGGAGGUUCAUAGGCUGGUUUUGUUGUCUAAUAAACGCUUUCAACAAUUAGAAAAUCUCUUGGCAAUGAGAAACUUUGAAGAAGGCUUUGAUGAGAUAAAAGCCUGGUUUGAAAAUGAGAAAGAAAAAUAUCAUGAGCCUUUGAAUCAAGAACAACUUUCAUGUGAAUAUGUGAAAAGGAAGCAGGAGGAAUUCCUGGUGUUCAAUGAAAAAGUUGUACAAUAUUCCCAGAAAGGAUUACAAUUAAUAAGAGAGAAUUCUUUGCUAAAAUCUGAUGAAGAAUGCCAAGCUUUUGAUAAGUAUCUAAAUAACAUCACUAUUCAAACACAGAAGAAGAAAGAUGAGCUGGAGAAAAUAACGCAGCUCUAUGAAUUUUAUGAAAAGGCUGACAAGUGGAUGGUUCGUUGCAAUGAGUACCUUAAUCAGCUUUCAGCAGAAGCAAAAUAUUCUCAAGCAACAAUUCAGUCUUUGCAAGGUUACCAUCAAGAAGCUAAAGAAAUAUCUGCUGAAAACUUUCAGAAAAUCAGUGAGGUUUUAAUUGCUCUUGGUAAGAAAGAGUUUGAAUUAAAUCAAUUGAAUACUUUAUUUCUCAACUGUCAGCAAACGAAACACCAGUUAGAAAAAGAGCUUUCAAAAGUGAUACAAGGAGGAGCCAGCCUUACUGUCCAGGAUACUGGGCAAAUGAGCAACCAUACUCUGAGCAGCAAAUCUGUUCAAUACAGCCAUUCUAGCCUUUCUUCUAGAAGUGAUGAUGACUUUUGGAAGAGAACACAACCUAGCACAUUUCAGCAUGGCAGCCUGCCAGCGAGUACAUCAUCUUUGUUAAGUUUGGAAGAGACUCAAAACACAGGUCUUUGUUUUCCAGUGAAACCUGCUGUACCACAAACACACACUCCACCGUUGGGUAGGUUUCAGAGGACUACGCACAUUUCAGAGGACCUGGACAACAUUUCAACCUGCUAUUCAGAGCCAACCCAGACAUCCAUGACUCGCCACAGAAAACAUCCACUGAAGAAGAUUAUGAAGAAAACACAAAGCUUUGAGUUAACCCGGCAUGAGAAUAAGCACUACGAACUGCAUCAUCCUGGAUACACUGGAGUUUAUAUCAGAGGACUAGAAAUUGCUAGUAAUGCUGCUGUAGAGAAGAGAAAUACACAGCGGUCAAAUAUUAAAAGCCCCUUGACUAGUAAAAAGCAUAGUUUAGUACUACCGUCAGGAAUCUACCACACAGAAGAUCAAGAAGAAAAGAAAAGAGGGGGAAGUAAUAAACUAAACCAUAUAAUGGACGAAAUGAUCACAACAGAAAGAGAGUAUGUCAGAUCCUUAGGAUAUAUCAUUGACAGCUAUUUUCCUGAAUUGGAGAGGAGUGACCUACCUCAGGAUUUACGCGGGAAGCGGAACAUCAUCUUUGGAAAUUUAGAAAAACUCUAUGACUUCCAUUGUCAAUAUUUCCUGAAAGAAUUGGAACAUUGUGUAGACUUUCCCCUGCGAGUUAGCCACUGUUUCCUCAGAUAUGAGGAACAGUUUGGGAUGUACGCAUUAUAUAGCAAAAACAAGCCCCAGUCAGACACUUUACUUAUAAGCCAUGGAAAUGCCUUCUUUAAGAAUAAGCAACAGGAAUUGGGUGAUAAAAUGAAUUUGGCAUCUUACCUGCUGAAACCCAUACAGAGAAUGAGCAAAUACGCACUCCUUUUGAAAGAUCUCAUCAAGGAAUGUUCAGCAGGACAAGAACAAGAGCUUGAAGCUCUCUGUGCAGCUGAAGAAAUGGUCAAAUUUCAGCUUCGCCAUGGGAAUGAUUUGCUUGCAAUGGAUGCCAUCAGAGGAUGUGAUGUCAAUCUGAAAGAACAAGGACAACUGAGAUGUCAAGAUGAGUUUACUGUGUACUGUGGCAGAAAGAAGUAUUUGAGGCAUCUCUUCCUUUUUGAAGACCUCAUCUUGUUUAGUAAAACAAAAAAGAUUGAUGGGGGAUAUGACAUUUACAUGUAUAAACAGUCAUUUAAGACAGCUGAGAUUGGAAUGACAGAGAAUGUUGGAGAUAGUGGAUUGAGAUUUGAAAUCUGGUUUCGAAGGAGAAGAAAAUCCCAGGACACCUACAUCCUUCAGGCUAACUCAGCAGAAAUAAAAAAUGCAUGGACAGAUAUCAUAGGAAAGAUUCUUUGGAGACAAGCCUUGAGAAACCGAGAACUCCGAAUGCAAGAAAUGGUGUCUAUGGGCAUAGGGAAUAAACCAUUCAUGGACAUCAAGCCAAGUGAGGCAGCUAUAAGUGAUCGUGCUAUAGACUUUAUCAUGAAGAGAACAGAAUCAAGGACUCGUGCCUCUAUAGCUGUUUCUUCAUUUGACCACUCUACACCAUUCAAGAGGCCUCAUUCCACGAUCUCAAACAGCAGUACAUCUUCCUCUAGCAGCCAGUCCUCCUCUUCCAUCCUGGGGUCACUCAACCUGCAUGUAUAUUCUGCUGCAUCUCAUCUUGGCUUAGUACGGCCACCAAUCAACCACUGGUCAUAUGAUGUAAGACCCUGUAUUGAAGAAGAUGAGUUGGAACAAGAAGUUGGAAGCCAGCCCUCAGUGGAGAGUUCUGAAUCAUCCCAGGACACAUCAAGAGAGAGGACAAGCAGUUUCAGCAGCUCUGUCCACUCUGAGUUCUCCCCAGCCCUUACCAAGGCAUUUCUGGAUGAAGGAUCCAAGCUUUCAUCAGAAUGCAGAUCGCCUUCUCUCUCAGAGAAGAAUCCUAGGUCAACACCCAACACAGAGUAUAUCACAGCGACUCACUCUCAAACACAGACCCACAGUGUAGACCGAGGUAGUGAAGCUUUUUUCUGAGCAAUUCCAGAUAUUUUGGAGCCUAAGCUUAUCCUUCCUUUCAUAAGCAAGCUGUGCUUCAACACUUAUCAAGAUACUUCUGAAUUAUGAGAUGUGCUUUCUUAUUCUCUAGGACAAUUCAUGAUAAGCACUACUGAAACUUGGACCACAUAACACCAACGUCACUGGUUCCAGGUGUUCUUCUAUUCUUUUGAGAAUGAAAUACGAGUGCUUACUUGUAUAAAAUAAAUAUGGUUUUCUCUCCCCAUAUUUACGUUUUUGUAUAGUUGGUAAGAUAUAGAUAUUACUGUAUUUUUGUAAAUUCAGAAAACAUGAUGUAUACAUAUUGAAAUGUAUAAAUUGUGCUGACCGUAUUUGUAAAUAUUUUUUGUCCUGUAUUAUAAAUUUUUCAAUACAGAUUUUAAAAGAAGUUUGCUAGCAUUCUGGAAUAUGGGGAUUUUUCUAGAUGGGAAGCAAUGAAAUAAGCUUCUGUAAGUUAUCAAACAUUAUCAAAGCAAGCCUUUGAAAAUUAUUGUGCCUUAGCAAGUGUGUUUUCUAAAUACCUCAUAAUCACACCAGUUGGCUCUUGGUUGCAGACAGCACUUCACUCUGGGCACAUUGGGGAAAAGGUGAAUCCCUGUGAAACUUGUGUGAUCAUAUAACAUGGUGACUUUUUUAGAAUUCAACCUGCUUUAGAAACCUAUUUUUCUCAUUUUUUUUCUUAUGUGAAGAACAGCCUUGAAAGUGAGAGGGAUGACUAAUUUUUCUCAAAGUUAAGAAAAAGUUUCUUUCUUUUCUUGUGCCUAGUAAAAAGAGACUGAAAAUAAUUGAAACAGUGAAUAUAAGUUCUCCAAAAACAAUGCAUCAGUCCUUUAUAGCCUUAGAAAAGGAUCCAGAAUAAUACCCUUCAGUAAUGCAGAACCCCACUGUUGCCCAUAAAACCUCAUAAAACUGGCAACAUUUUUCAACUGAGCUUUUUCAAGGUUUGCUAACAUAGAGGUCUAUGCUGCUUAGACCAGAAGCUUGGUCAGUUGCCUCUGUUUCCCCAUCAGGGACAUACAAAUCUAAGCUUGGAAAAUUUAAUGUGGGAUUAUAGACUCUCUUAGAAUAUGCCUGUUUUCUUAAGGCCUGCCACAUAUACUGAGAAUGUUUAAUUUACAUAGAGGUAAAUAUUUUGAUAAUAUGCUUUUUUAGCUUCUCUUAGUCAAACAUCACAAUGUAUAAUUUUUUUAAAAAAGAAACAAUAAAAUUUUUUAGUAUUGUA